GUUUUAAUAAAGCCUUAACUGAUAAUGUGAAUGAAAUAGAGAAAAAGAUGACCAACAUAUUUACUGAUUUAAAUAACAACAAGCCCAAUGUUAAAAUAGCAAAUGACUUGACUCAACUUAUUGUACAUG